AUGGCAACUGAAAGUCUACAGGCUCGAUUAACAGACUUUGAGCGCCAAGCUCGUGGUGUAUGCAUCGGUGUCAACCAUUUAGCCUUGGACAGUGAACGUGCAAGACAAGCUGAGCUGUUACAAAAAAUUAUGCAGUUAGAAAAAGAUAUUCAACAGUCUGGUGCCCAAAAAUCUCACUUGCCUGAAGCAGCUGCUGAAAUUCGCGAUGAUGUGAAAAACAAUACGGCGGCAUUACGUUAUCUGGAGACCAUAUCACAGCUGGAGAAUUCUUUUACUGUUUUGACUGAAAAUGUUACAGAAACCUCUGUACAACUAAGUUCACCGAAAGAGCUGAAAGAUGAAGUACAUGUCAAAAAAGAACUAUCAAACAAUGUUAAAAGUUGCUGGAGUUAUGUUUCCCAGUUGGCUCGAUUAAGUCAAGUACACAUUAGAAAUGCAGCUGAAUACCAUCAGUUUCACCAUGCAAUCAGUGAGGUGGAAGCAAGUCUCAAGGCACGUGUUCGAAUGACAGAUGUUAGAAAUCAACGACAUGUCCCGGCUACCUUGAAGAAUUGUACAAUACUAGCCAAUGAAUUUAGAGAACAUUUGAAUCAUAUGAUACACUUAUGGGGUAGAUCAGGAAAUCUAUUAGAAGAAAGUCGUCGUAUUGUACCAAUCCAUCUCCGAUUAGGCGGUAUCAUCGACGGAGUGAGUACAAAUACUGAAACCCCAAGUCCGGUGAUGGCACGUAUGUUAACCUCAUUAACUGGACCGAAUUAUGAGUUGAAGGAAGGCGAAGAAGUUCGUCUUAUUUCAAAUCGUGAUGACCAACACUUUUGGACAGUACAGACGAAUAAUGGGAUAGUCAAAAUCCCUUCAGUAUGCUUAUGGAUCAGCGAUCCUGAUUUAGAGGCUGUAAAACGUGCUGUAAUACUUCGUGAGAAAUGUAUUGAAUCAUGGGAUUUAUUAGUGGAGCGUUCACGUGAACGAUUAAGAUCGUACUAUAGUUGUCUAUUAAAUCAAAUGGCUGAAAAUGGGGAUAUUUAUUAUAACAAUAAGACCGCAAUGGAUAAUUUCCUUGAUGAUUUACGCAGUCAUCUUCUUCUACCAAAUGAUAAUAACAGAACUAGUGAAUUAGGUCAAGCAAUAUAUGCAUUUACGGAUAGACUUAAAAUGGCAGAUAUUAAUCGACAACGUGGUGGAACUGUCCUACGUGAACAAGAUAUUGUCUGCAUGCAUAGUCCACUCUUAAGACUAAGAGAUCAUGAACGUCAAAUGGAACAUUUACGUGCACAAUCUGAACUACUUGGUACACAUAUGACUAAUUAUUUACGUGAAAUUGAUGCUGAUCAAAAACGUGUUGAUAAUGAACUAUCUUUAAUUGACCAAUUACAACAUGAAAGUCAAUCGCAGCUGGAUCAAUUAAUCAGUCGGGUAAAACGUUGGAGUAGCCGCUUCGAACAUGAACCAAAUAUCGACUCCAGUAUAACCAAUUCACGACUAAGUUCAAGUAUCAAAUCAAGCACAAUAUCUGAUAAUUAUCCGCAAGCUGUUGGUCCUACCCGAUCCAUUGUAAGAGACCAGUCACGUUUCUCUGGUAGUUCACUCCGUUCAGAUUCAAUACCACGUGCUGUAGUCGAUGCGAUAACACAAAUUGGUGUAACAACUCGAACACAAGGCACACAGAGUUCAGAGUAUUUAGGUGACAUAGAACUACGUCCAAUGAAAGGGCAAUAUUAUUCAACAACGUCACCGACAGCUACAUUGCCACCACCUGAACGUAAACUAAUGAGAAAUGCAAUCACACAAAUUGGUAUAGCUAGAGCGGAUACAGGCGUACAAGGUGAUGAUUAUCUUCCACUGCCGACAUCAAUACAUACAAAGAAACGUUCUGUGAAAGAAGUAUUAUGUCAGAUAGGUCAGAUUACAGCGAAUGCAUCGUGUCAAACACUGGAAAUGCAAAAACCACAACUAGAAACGCCGCUACCGCUCCCAGUCGUACAACCACCACCUAAAAAGUGUACUUUAGACGCCGUAGUCCAGUCAGGUGUCAUUACUAAAAACAAUUCAGCUCAAUGCGAUUACAUUCAAGAAAAAACCAUAAUGAAAACUGAACAACCACAACAAAAACCACCGAAAAAACUUAACAUCUUAGAUGCUAUUUGUCAAAUAGGUCAAGUCACACAAAGUAUUGGUAUACAGAGUCAGUUAGAAAAAGUUGAAAAACCCAGCAAACAUUUUGGUGUACAAGUUGAACCAACCAUUGAUCCGAUUCAUAAAAAACCAACCACUGAAGCUAUCUGUCAAAUCGGCAAGAUAACAAUGAAUGCUAGUACAGAAACUUCACCGAAUUUAUUUAUCCAACCAAAUCUAGUUAAGAAGGCUAGCACCAGUGAUAUCACCUGUCAAAUUGGCAAAAUAGAAAGAACUGCAUCAACGCAAACAACAGCAACCAUGGCGGAUGUGAUCGAAGAAAAAGCCAUACUUCAUGAUGUCACUUACCAACAUAAUAUACCACGAUCAAAUUUCUGUCACCAAGCUGAUCUUAUAUCUCGCCCAAAAUCUGUUUCAAAGACAAUUAACGAUGUUGUUUGUCAAGUUGGUCAGGUUAGAAAUGAUGUAUCAACUCAAUCAAUGAUUGAGCAACAACAACUCGCUCCGAUUGUCGUCACUGCUGCUCCUUCUAAGCCUGCCUGUAGAGAUACCGGUGUUAAUCCAGUUCAACCAUUGACAAAACAAAUCACUGCAAAUAAUGAUGUCGUUACACAGACUGGAAUUGUCUUCUCCACGAAGAUAAUUCAAGCUGAAGUACGAGAAGAAACACAACCAGUGUAUGUGAAAACGAUAGAAACAAAAGACGCUCCUAUUACAUCAUACAAAGAGAAUAUGAAUGCAUGUCAACAAGCUGACCUCAUUCAGCAUAUACUACGAAGGCCGACAAGCGAUGUUGUCUGUCAAGUAGGAAGUGUUACAGAAACCACCGGUUCUCAAAUGGAAGACACACAAAGACGAAGGAUAUCCCAGGCGGCUACUCAAAGCAUUCCACACGCUAUUGAUAUCAAGGAGGUACAAACCGACGUUAAACAAAAACUCCUGCCGAGACCGAUGAAUGAUGUUGUCUGUCAAGUUGGACAAGUUCGGAAUGAUGUAUCAACACAGUCGGUUGAAUAUGCUAUUGUUAAACCACCGUGUAGAGAUACUGGCGUAGAUCCGGUUCAUGCUGUGCGUGAUAAGGUGAGCAAUGACGUGGUUACUCAGACAGGCAUUGUCCAUGCGUCAAAAGUUACUCAAGCUGAGUUGAGGGAGGAGCAACCGGUGUAUGUGAAAACGAUAGAAACAAAAGACGCUCCUAUUACAUCAUACAAAGAGAAUAUGAACGCAUGUCAACAAGCUGACCUCAUUCAGCAUAUACUACGAAGGCCGACAAGCGAUGUUGUCUGUCAAGUAGGAAGUGUUACAGAAACCACCGGUUCUCAAAUGGAAGACACACAAAGACGAAGGAUAUCCCAGGCGGCUACUCAAAGCAUUCCACACGCUAUUGAUAUCAAGGAGGUACAAACCGACGUUAAACAAAAACUCCUGCCGAGACCGAUGAAUGAUGUUGUCUGUCAAGUUGGACAAGUUCGGAAUGAUGUAUCAACACAGUCGGUUGAAUAUGCUAUUGUUAAACCACCGUGUAGAGAUACUGGCGUAGAUCCGGUUCAUGCUGUGCGUGAUAAGGUGAGCAAUGACGUGGUUACUCAGACAGGCAUUGUCCAUGCGUCAAAAGUUACUCAAGCUGAGUUGAGGGAGGAGCAACCGGUGUAUGUGAAAACGAUAGAAACAAAAGACGCUCCUAUUACAUCAUACAAAGAGAAUAUGAACGCAUGUCAACAAGCUGACCUCAUUCAGCAUAUACUACGAAGGCCGACAAGCGAUGUUGUCUGUCAAGUAGGAAGUGUUACAGAAACCACCGGUUCUCAAAUGGAAGACACACAAAGACGAAGGAUAUCCCAGGCGGCUACUCAAAGCAUUCCACACGCUAUUGAUACCAGCGCAGUACAAGUAGAUAUGACCCCGAAACUCUCACCGAAAGCAAUGCAUGAUGUUGUUUGUCAAGUUGGUCAUCUAAAAAAUGAAACAUCCACACAGUCCGUUGAAUAUGCCAUUAUUAAGCCUACAUGUAGAGAAACCGGUGUAAAUCCCGUCCAGCUAUGGGAUAAAAAAGUCAGCAAUGAUGUUGUUACACAAACAGGUCUUGUCCAUACAUCAAAAGUAACUGAAACUGAUUUGAUCAAACAAGAAAAACCAACAGUAUUUAUGAAAAUGACUGAAACUCAACCGUUGCCUCACCCUAGAGAAACUAAGGAAUCAGGUCAACAGGUUACUUUUACAAAAAUGGCGCCUAUACCACGAUCGUUAAGUGACGUUAUCUGUCAGGUGGGUAGUAUUUCCCAAGAUUUUGGUGUACAAGUCGGUGAUCACAAAAAAGAAUCAUUUCCUAUGGCCACACAGAGUACAACUGGUCAUUUCGAUCGAUCAAGAUCAUCAUUCUCGGCUCAAACUGACAUGUUAAUAAAAUUCCCUGAAAGACGCUCAGUAUCAUGCUACGAUCUAAUUACACAAUGUGGUGUUGUGAAUGAUAGUAAAGCAUGCCAAACGAUAGAACCUGAAUUGCAUGUAAAAACACAAAUAUUAGAAAAAACUCAAAAGCAUAUUAUUAAACCACAAUUGGAUGUUGUAGUCCAGACCGGUGUUGUGAUGAGAACAGAACAGACAAUGACAGCAACAACAGACACUUCACCUAUGAUAUCCGUUGGUGUUGAUCCAAGACCAACCAUACCUGUGCGAGAAGUCAGCUCAUAUCAAGCUCCACCAAUGAUAGAGAAACAAAAUAGACAUGUACAAGUAUAUAUGAAACCCAUGGCGACAAAUAAGGAUAUACAAACAGAAAGUAUUAUGACUAAAGAUGCAACAAUAACAUCAGAUUUAUUGAGAACACCACCACCACCAAUUAUCCCCUACGAAGUAGUCACUCAAACCGGUGUAUUAAAACAAAACAUUGAUACACAGACAACAUUUGUCGAAUGGAGACCAGUUAUCCAAUCUACAGAUAAAUAUGUACAAAGUGAAACAGUACAAACGAUUCCAGAAAUACAAACUGUCGCCAAACGCGAUAUUAAGUACGAUGUACAAACUCAAUCUGGGAUAAUGAGACAAUCACAAGCAUUUCAAACACCAACAAUUCCUAAGCCUACUGUAAAUCUAAGAUCAACUGGAAUACAAAAUGUAAUGGAUAUGCCACAAAAAGUAAUGAAACAUGCUACUGUCGAGACUGUUGCAAAACAAUUUGACGUAAAAGUACAAACUGAGUCUAUAACACAGCCGAGGAUCAUGCCGAUGGCGCAAACUACACAUCGUCCAACACAAACAUUCGACGCACCAACCCAAACUGAAAGAAUUGCAGUCAGAGAUCAACAGGUGUUCACAUCAUUCAAAACACAAGUAUACGAUGCUCAAACACAGUCUGGAAGCACGGUAAAAACACAAGCGGUGCAAACACCAAUCGAACAACGACCAGUCAUAGAGAUGAAGGAGCUGAGCACUCAACACGAGAAACGUCCAGAGCCAACAGUUCAUAAAAAGCUGCAAGCUAUUGUACAGUCGCUCACUGCCAACAUCGAGACACAGACGAUGGAUUACAGACCACCACCUGCCUUCGAUGUUCAAACACAGUCAGGAGUGGUCAGGGUUGAUUCAGAGAGUCAAACACCAAUAGAACGCCGACCAGUGGUGGAGGUGAAGGACGCCAGUGUGUAUCACACUCUCGAAAGUAUACCGACUGUGCACAAGAAACUGCAAGCUGCAGUCAUUCCUCGUCUCGACAAUAUAAGUACUCAAACCGACCCGAUGCCACAACCUGUCAUCAUGCCGACGGUGCAAACUACACAUCGACCACCUCAAUUAUUGGAUACACAAACACAAACAGAAGGAACAAGAGUCAGAGACCAACAGUCAUUCACGUCGUUCGAGUCUAAAAUCUUCGACGUUCAAACUCAGUUUGGAAGUAUACUCAAGUCUCAAGCAGUGCAAACACCAAUCGAACAACGACCAGUCAUAGAGAUGAAGGAGCUGAGCACUCAACACGAGAAACGUCCAGAGCCAACAGUUCAUAAAAAGCUGCAAGCUGUUGUGCAGUCGCUCACUGCCAACAUCGAGACACAGACGAUGGAUUACAGACCACCACCUGCCUUCGAUGUUCAAACACAGUCAGGAGUGGUCAGGGUUGAUUCAGAGAGUCAAACACCAAUAGAACGCCGACCAGUGGUGGAGGUGAAGGACGCCAGUGUGUAUCACACUCUCGAAAGUAUACCGACUGUGCACAAGAAACUGCAAGCUGCAGUCAUUCCUCGUCUCGACAAUAUAAGUACUCAAACCGACCCGAUGCCACAACCUGUCAUCAUGCCGACGGUGCAAACUACACAUCGACCACCUCAAUUAUUGGAUACACAAACACAAACAGAAGGAACAAGAGUCAGAGACCAACAGUCAUUCACGUCGUUCGAGUCUAAAAUCUUCGACGUUCAAACUCAGUUUGGAAGUAUACUCAAGUCACAAGCAGUGCAAACACCAAUCGAACAACGACCAGUCAUAGAGAUGAAGGAGCUGAGCACUCAACACGAGAAACGUCCAGAGCCAACAGUUCAUAAAAAGCUGCAAGCUGUUGUACAGUCACUCACUGCCAACAUCGAGACACAGACGAUGGAUUACAGACCACCACCUGCCUUCGAUGUUCAAACACAGUCAGGAGUGGUCAGGGUUGAUUCAGAGAGUCAAACACCAAUAGAACGCCGACCAGUGGUGGAGGUGAAGGACGCCAGUGUGUAUCACACUCUCGAAAGUAUACCGACUGUGCACAAGAAACUGCAAGCUGCAGUCAUUCCUCGUCUCGACAAUAUAAGUACUCAAACCGACCCGAUGCCACAACCUGUCAUCAUGCCGACGGUGCAAACUACACAUCGACCACCUCAAUUAUUGGAUACACAAACACAAACAGAAGGAACAAGAGUCAGAGACCAACAGUCAUUCACGUCGUUCGAGUCUAAAAUCUUCGACGUUCAAACUCAGUUUGGAAGUAUACUCAAGUCACAAGCAGUGCAAACACCAAUCGAACAACGACCAGUCAUAGAGAUGAAGGAGCUGAGCACUCAACACGAGAAACGUCCAGAGCCAACAGUUCAUAAAAAGCUGCAAGCUGUUGUACAGUCACUCACUGCCAACAUCGAGACACAGACGAUGGAUUACAGACCACCACCUGCCUUCGAUGUUCAAACACAGUCAGGAGUGGUCAGGGUUGAUUCAGAGAGUCAAACACCAAUAGAACGCCGACCAGUGGUGGAGGUGAAGGACGCCAGUGUGUAUCACACUCUCGAAAGUAUACCGACUGUGCACAAGAAACUGCAAGCUGCAGUCAUUCCUCGUCUCGACAAUAUAAGUACUCAAACCGACCCGAUGCCACAACCUGUCAUCAUGCCGACGGUGCAAACUACACAUCGACCACCUCAAUUAUUGGAUACACAAACACAAACAGAAGGAACAAGAGUCAGAGACCAACAGUCAUUCACGUCGUUCGAGUCUAAAAUCUUCGACGUUCAAACUCAGUUUGGAAGUAUACUCAAGUCUCAAGCAGUGCAAACACCAAUCGAACAACGACCAGUCAUAGAGAUGAAGGAGCUGAGCACUCAACACGAGAAACGUCCAGAGCCAACAGUUCAUAAAAAGCUGCAAGCUGUUGUGCAGUCGCUCACUGCCAACAUCGAGACACAGACGAUGGAUUACAGACCACCACCUGCCUUCGAUGUUCAAACACAGUCAGGAGUGGUCAGGGUUGAUUCAGAGAGUCAAACACCAAUAGAACGCCGACCAGUGGUGGAGGUGAAGGACGCCAGUGUGUAUCACACUCUCGAAAGUAUACCGACUGUGCACAAGAAACUGCAAGCUGCAGUCAUUCCUCGUCUCGACAAUAUAAGUACUCAAACCGACCCGAUGCCACAACCUGUCGUUAUCCCGACAAUCCAAACGACCCACCUUCCACCAGUGAUAUCAGACGUCCAAACACAAUCAGGUAUCAUUCACAAAACUCAAGCAUCACAAACAGUUACUCAGCCUAAAACGGUAGUUGAUGCCAAGGAAUCUUGCACACAAUAUGAACCCAUUAAGACGGUCACUUUCAGUAAGGAUAUUCAAGUCGACAUUUCUCGGCCAACAUCACAUCGUAACGUACAAACCGACAUGACUGAUAUACAUAUCUUCGAUGUACAAACACAAUCUGGAGUGAUUAGGAAGCCAAGUGAAGCCCAAACUGCACCAGCGAUGUUGGACGCGAGUGUUACCCAUGAAGAUCAAAGACAGUCGGUAAACAAAAAGUUGCAAGCCAUAGUUCAAAUGCCAUUGAAGGACACAUUCGUGCAGGCGGAAAUGAUAGAAAAGCGCACCCCCGCCAUGAUACGUAGAGAAACAUUCGAUGUCCAGACACAAUCAGGAUCUGUGAGGUGUAGUUCGGCAACUCAAACCCCACCUGUUCCUGUUGCAGAAAAGAAGGAUCUCAGUGUACUCCACGCACCACAAGCGACACCGUCAACAAACAAAAAGCUACAAGCUAUGGUAACUUGCCCUUCUGAUGAAAAAUGUCUGCAAACGGAAGACUAUACACUGCCAGCAAUAAAACCAUAUCAGCAAUCGGUUUCACAUGCACCACAAGUUGUACAUCAGCACGUACAGACAGAAUUCAAGAGGACCACAACGAAUACCUUCGAUGUCGUCACUCAGUCGGGUACUAUCUAUGUAGCACAGGCAGUGCAGACACUUCCUGAGGUGCGGCCAGUCAUCGACACUUCAGACGUCAGUGUCAUUCAUCAUAGAGAGAGAACUCCAUCAACGAACAGGAAGCUGCAGGCAGCCAUUCGUCAAUCAGUCAGUAGCACCAGCACACAAACUGAACCGAUGAAGGCAGAACCAAUGAUGUUGACGAAGAACACAUUCGACGUCGUCACCCAGUCGGGUACUAUCUAUGUAGCACAGGCAGUGCAGACACUUCCUGAGGUGCGGCCAGUCGUCGACACUUCAGACGUCAGUGUCAUUCAUCAUAGAGAGAGAACUCCAUCAACGAACAGGAAGCUGCAGGCAGCCAUUCGUCAAUCAGUCAGUAGCACCAGCACACAAACUGAACCGAUGAAGGCAGAACCAAUGAUGUUGACGAAGAACACAUUCGACGUCGUCACCCAGUCGGGUACUAUCUAUGUAGCACAGGCAGUGCAGACACUUCCUGAGGUGCGGCCAGUCGUCGACACUUCAGACGUCAGUGUCAUUCAUCAUAGAGAGAGAACUCCAUCAACGAACAGGAAGCUGCAGGCAGCCAUUCGUCAAUCAGUCAGUAGCACCAGCACACAAACUGAACCGAUGAAGGCAGAACCAAUGAUGUCGACGAAGAACACAUUCGACGUCGUCACUCAGUCGGGUACUAUCUAUGUAGCACAGGCAGUGCAGACACUUCCUGAGGUGCGGCCAGUCGUCGACACUUCAGACGUCAGUGUCAUUCAUCAUAGAGAGAGAACUCCAUCAACGAACAGGAAGCUGCAGGCAGCCAUUCGUCAAUCAGUCAGUAGCACCAGCACACAAACUGAACCGAUGAAGGCAGAACCAGUGAUGUUGACGAAGAACACAUUCGAUGUCGUUACACAAUCUGGUACGCUUUUCAAGAGUGAAGUUGUUCAAGUCGACUUAGUCGGAGUGCUCGCUACAACGAAAGACUUAUCUGUACAUCACGAAAGAAAGUUGGCAGAUGUAACUCACAGAGAUAUUCAGGUUUCUCUAAAGAUUCCAUACAAGCAUGUUAGUGUACAAUCAGAAGUUGCUGACCUUCCAUUAGGCAAAUCAUUUAACGUUGAAACGCAGUGUGGUGUUAUGCGUCGCGAAGCUGAAGCUCAAACUUCUACUCCCCGUCAAGUUGAAGUUAAAGACAGUUGUGUACAACAUAGAGCUGAGUUGACAAAAACCGUAAAUAAAAAGUUACAGGCACUUGUUACACCUAGCUUAAAUACAAUCGGUUCACAAACACCCGAAUUGCAACCAGUUACAAAAGUUCCCGUAAUACAAGCUUCUCGCCGUCCUAUAGAAACCGAUGAAACAAUGACACAGACAGAUGCUUUAAUGUUCCCCGAAAUACAACCAGUGAAAUCUAAAAAGUCAGAUGUGCAAGCACAAUCAGGUAUCAUUCACAAAACUCAAGCAUCACAAACAGUUACUCAGCCUAAAACGGUAGUUGAUGCCAAGGAAUCUUGCACACAAUAUGAACCCAUUAAGACGGUCACUUUCAGUAAGGAUAUUCAAGUCGACAUUUCUCGGCCAACAUCACAUCGUAACGUACAAACCGACAUGACUGAUAUACAUAUCUUCGAUGUACAAACACAAUCUGGAGUGAUUAGGAAGCCAAGUGAAGCCCAAACUGCACCAGCGAUGUUGGACGCGAGUGUUACCCAUGAAGAUCAAAGACAGUCGGUAAACAAAAAGUUGCAAGCCAUAGUUCAAAUGCCAUUGAAGGACACAUUCGUGCAGGCGGAAAUGAUAGAAAAGCGCACCCCCGCCAUGAUACGUAGAGAAACAUUCGAUGUCCAGACACAAUCAGGAUCUGUGAGGUGUAGUUCGGCAACUCAAACCCCACCUGUUCCUGUUGCAGAAAAGAAGGAUCUCAGUGUACUCCACGCACCACAAGCGACACCGUCAACAAACAAAAAGCUACAAGCUAUGACUUCUAGUGAGUAUCGUGUACCUUCGGAUACUCGGGAUAUUAAUAUCGCUUACAGGAAACCGGCUUCCCCUACUCCUGAGCUUGCACCUUAUACUGUUAAUGCUGAAGUUCAGUGUCAACCUUCUACCUGUUCCUCCUGGAUUCAAACCAUGCGAGAAUUAGAGUCUCGUCCGGAACUCAAAGAUGCAAGUGUUGCUCAUAAAGCUGAGGAUUUAGAAAGUCCACUUAUCGUUGAACGUCCCCGUGAAACUGCUCCGUCUCGUAGGUAUACAUCUACUAGUGGUAUUCAGACUGAUGAAUCACUUCUUACUCUCCACCGAAGUCAUGUCUAUGAUGUGCAAACAGAAUCAGGAAAGGUAGUUCGAGUGGCUGGUGUACAAACAGACAUACCGAUACACAAACAGGAUGUUACAUCAUCAACAUUUGAUAUACAAACACAGUCAGGAAUUCUAUCAAGAGAUUCAAAUGUGCAAACUGUCCUGCCAGCUUAUAUUCAUACGCCUAGUUAUGAUGUACAACUCCAGUCGGGUAUUAUGACAGAUUAUACAGGAGUACAAACGCUAAGAUAUAACCCAUUGGUUUAUGUCACUCAGGACAGUUAUUAUGUGACUGAUGAAAGACAAAUUGAAGAAACUAGAGAUAAAAGUAUUGCGCAUAUUCCUGAGAAGCCCACUUUAAAAGGCAAGAAGCUACAAGUUUCAAAAAAUCUAGUUGAUUCAGGUUUCCAAGUCGAUGUACCACAAGUCAUUACACAACCCAUAAUUAAGUCAACAAUGCAUACUGUUCCAUUCCAGACACAAUCAACACAAACAAUUCAAAGUCUGCAAACGGAUGGUUGGUGUCAAGCGAUUCUAACGCGUCCUGCCUAUGAUGUUCAAACACAAUUUGGUGUUCUACAUGCUGUAGAUGGAACACAAACGGUUGCUAUGACUCCAGUUGCUGAAACCAAAGAAACUACUGUCGUACAUGAAAAAGAACCUAUCCAAUUGAAGGGGAAGAAAUUACAAGUCCGUAGCAGCUUAACUGAUUCACAGGUUCAAACAGAAGAGAUGACCCCAGCUGUUCUACCUACGAUAGCAUCUACAAUCCACGCUGUCCCUGUCAGUAUACAAUCAGUACAAACUGUUGAAAAGAAAGUCGCAGAGAUGUCUUGUCAAGUAGCUGUACCAUCAUCUGCCUAUGAUGUCCAAACACAAUUUGGUGUUCUACAUGCUGUAGAUGGUACACAAACGGUUGCUAUGACUCCAGUUGCUGAAACCAAAGAAACUACUGUCGUACAUGAAAAAGAACCUAUCCAACUGAAGGGGAAGAAAUUACAAGUCCGUAGCAGCUUAACUGAUUCACAGGUUCAAACAGAAGAGAUGACCCCAGCUGUUCUACCUACGAUAGCAUCUACAAUCCAUGCUGUCCCUGUCAGUAUACAAUCAGUACAAACUGUUGAAAAGAAAGUCGCAGAGAUGUCUUGUCAAGUAGCUGUACCAUCAUCUGCCUAUGAUGUCCAAACACAAUUUGGUGUUCUACAUGCUGUAGAUGGUACACAAACGGUUGCUAUGACUCCAGUUGCUGAAACCAAAGAAACUACUGUCGUACAUGAAAAAGAACCUAUCCAAUUGAAGGGGAAGAAAUUACAAGUCCGUAGCAGCUUAACUGAUUCACAUUGUCAAACAGAGCAAACAUCACAGUAUACUGAAGUGAAAUCAAUACAAACUACGCCUAUUCAACAAAAAGAUUCAUCAUGCCAAUAUGUCAUUGAGACCAUAAAACCUACAUCAAUAACAAGUCAUACAGUCAGUUCUCAAUCGAUUAGUGUACAAACAACAACUGAUUUACCGUCAUUAUUCCAUGCACAACGUACUGAUCAAAGGAAUAAGAAAUUCCAAGUCAAUCUUAUAUCCAUUCCAUCACCUAGAACACCAACAGCGAUAUCCACACAUGUCACUUCAUCUAGCACUCAAACACCAAGUUACGAAUAUAAAGACAUCAGUUUAGAACAACAUACUGAGGAGAAGAAAGCUAAACCGCCAACAGUUAUGAUACAUUCAUCGGUAUCAAAUAUCAAUGUUACUCCUACUACUACGCAACAGUUACAACAACAUAUUAUACCCAAGAUUAAAAUCGAUCAGGAAUGUCAGGUCAAGAUAUCACCGCAACAAUAUGAUAAAAAAUUACAAUAUGGGCAAUCCUUCUCAAGCCUAAAAGAUGUUUCACUUCAGUACACUGACUCAUUUGAUCGUGAUCAGUCAUCAAAAGUACAAUUUAAAAAUAAAAAACUACAAGUGAUUCCAUCAAAAUUAGGUAGUGAAGGAGGUGAGGUUUUAACCCACGAUAAAGAUGUUCAAUGUUCUCCAACCUUGGAUGAAAAGUCAGUCAAACCGACGAAACAAGCCACUGCAACAUCCACAAUAAGAUCACAAUAUUUUACACGUAUCCUUCAAAUGGAUACUUUACCUGAAAUUGAAAAGAAUUCUAAACAGACUACUACAGAUGACUACUUAUUAGAGAGGUUACCGUUAUUCAAACAUCGUAGUGAUGAUCGUGAUAGCGAUCACGAUGACAAAAUAAAAAUGUCAACAUCAGUUGUUCAGCUAGAAAAACCAACAGCAGAACAAUGUUGUCAGAUAGAUUUCAGACGAAAUGAACUAAUCGCCGCGGCUGCAUCGUAUCAUCAAAGUGACAUUCAUAUUAGAGAUAGUGAUAUAGUGUUUCAGAAACGUCUACAAGAACCAAGAAGAACACCAAUCAUUGAUUCUACUGGCUAUUAUUCACAUGAAUAUCAUUCUGUUGGAAUAAAUACACGAUUUAGUCCAUCGACUUCACCAAGAACAGCAACAUCAAGGACACGAACAACACCCUCCCCACCUUCAUCAACCAGGUCGAAGACUAGAUCACCAAAAUCACCAGAUGUUGUCAGUUGGGGUGUUCAGUCAGCACCAGUUAUGUUAACUGGUGUUACACAGACUACAGAAACAUUAAAACAUAAAAUAUCACUGGAUUUAUCAAUUAGCACUGGUGUACAGACAGACCUACCACUUAGUGAUGCCGGUGAAGAUGAUUAUUAUAUUAAACGUGUAGUAACGACAAUCGCUAGAAAAGGUUUAUCAUCAUAUUGUCGUCGUGGACCAGUCACUCGAAAGAUUAUUGAUCAUAGUGAUUUAUUAACAUCCAGCCUACCAAGUAAUUUAAAUGUUGGUCAACAUGAAGGGGAUGAUGAAGCAGAGGAUCAGUUAGAUGAAGAGAUGAUAGCUGUUGGUGAUCAAUUACCUAAAACAUCUAAAAAGAUAACCACAAUACAUAAACACGGUGAUCGUCGAUAUGUCCGAGAGGAAUUAUUUACUGAGGAUUAUAAAGAUAGAGGAAGUUCAUUAGACUCACGUUUAGCUUAUGGUGCUGGACCUAGUGGUGGGGCCAGAUCAUUAAGAGAAGUUCAUCUACAAGAUAUUGAUUUACACGAUAUGCAUGAACAUGAUGAUAUUUAUACGGAUGCUGAAAUAUGCUUCCAAAAUUUAUUGACUCUAUGGGGUCAACAGUACCUGUUAUCACGUGUUAGAAUGAUUGGUCGGUCAACUACAACUCCUGAACUGUCAGUCACUCUUGAUCGAGCAAGAUCAGAGUCCGGUAAAUCAAGAUUAAUUGAAGCAAAAACACAAUUCACCUCAACUGGUAACUUAGUUACUUCACUUAAGAAUAUUUCAAGUGUUGCUACACAAACAACCAGUGAUAUACCAUUUGUGACACGUCCCCCGCAUAAAAAUAAACGUAUCCAACGAGGGCAUAGCUUCAUCGCUAAGGCAAGUGGUAGCGGUGUACAUCAACCAACACGUACUGGUUCAGCAGUUAGUCCACUAUCUCCAACCACAGAAGAGCUAACGACUAUCGGACACCAUCGCCAACAACAACAACAAGGAAUAGCCGGUACCACAACUACUACAACUACAACCUAUACAGAAACAACACAUGAACAACAAUCAAUGCUAAGCCUUGAACAAACUUAUGUCUGUCCUGCAUGCGGUAACCAAGCCACAAUCCCUAUACCUCUACAUACAACAUCAAUACAACCACAAGUUCUACCGAUAACACAAUUAAAAGACGCCCAAGCACAAACACGAUUCCAUGAACACCAAUCACAGGCGCUAACUACAGAUAAGCAAUGUACAUAUAUACCAGUUUACUUAACUGAUGAAGAUGUGAUUCGUAUAAAUCCAAGCCAACGGAUUGAAGAAGAGAAAGAAUAUUCAAUGGUUACAUGGCAUCCAGCCACAACAACAGAGACAGAUCGUCGUAGAGAUGAUAGUCGGAAUGAUGAUCGUGGUGGACAAGAUGAAGUAUGGAUUGACAGUCCUGGUAAAUUAUUUGAAUUAAAGUUGAAGGAAGUUAUUAUACCAGGAACAAAUAAAUAUAUCAGCGCUGGAGAAGCAUUUUAUCGUGGUCUGUUAAGAGUUGUCUAUUGGGACUACGAAAAACUUGGUGGAAGGCAAUCCUCACUGACUGAUUCAUCUGCUGCAUCUAUCCCAUUAACUGAUGCUGUCAUUUCAAAGGCUGUACGUUUAGCUCACGAGAAAUCUGUACACCCCCAUCAACAGGCACCAUCGUCAUUGGACGCUAAAAUAGUCUGGAGGACACCAGAAAUACAACGUCAUAGGUAUAUAGUCCAUUCGAUUCGACCACCACCGGUUUAUCCAGGUCAAUCUAGACAUACACCAAUCACUUUGGAUAUCACCUCGGCGAUACGCACAGGUUUAAUCGACAAAGACACAGGCUGUAUGCUGUUCACUACAUCAGUAGUUAAGAAGGGUGAUAGUAGCGGUAGUAGUUCAGAACAAACUGAACGUCUGUCUGUUAGAGAAGCUAUGGUACGUGGAUAUUUAGUUGCUGAAUUCAUUCAACCAGAAGCAUCUCGUAUGAUGAAAACGAUAACUCAGUCAUCAUCUGUUGCCUAUGUACUUCCAAGUACAAGUUAUACAUCUCAUUCACCGACUGACGUCGACAUUUAA